AUGGAAUACAACGAUUGGAUUAAUUUGUGGGCUUUGGGGACAGAGGUGGUGCAGGGUGUGCUGGUGGCUUUGGGCGACGGGCACCAGGUGGCGUCGUCGUGCGCGCUCGUGUGCCGCCAAUGGGCCGCCCUCGCCAGCGACCCUGCCCUGUGGAAGGCCCUCGUCCACCGCCUCCUCGCCCACCUGCCCGUCCAAGCCCCUCUGAGUCAGGUGGUGGCGGAUCGGUGGAAGGAGGCCUACUUUGCGCUGGCGCGCCGCACGAAGCACGCCACGGUGGCGCUCCUGGGCCAGAGCCACGGCGGCAAGAGCACCCUGUUCGAUCUCCUGCGCGCGCUCCACCCACUGGCGACCGAUGAUCUGGCCCUUCCAGCGAUUGCCGAGUGCAACUUUUGGCGGAACCUCGUCGGAGCCCACUGUUGCGUUCUCGUGGUCUCUUCGGAGGAAGGAGAUGCGGGCGCUGGAUCGCGACAGCAGCCCUUGGCCGCCGUCGUUGCCGGAAUCAAGCACCUCGUGGUGGCAAUCAACAAAACGGACAGCUGCGCUGAUCAGUGGAACUCGAACAGCGCACGCAUGGACGAACUCGUGGCGCAGUUGAGCCGCUCGCUGGCGAUAGCGGGAGUACCGCCCGGCGCCACGCAGUUCGUGCCCAUCUCGGCCGCCCGCGGCACCAACAUCGUGCGGCGCGACCCCCAGACCGAGUUCCCGUGGUACGACGGCCCGACGCUGCUCUCGGCCCUGCAGCGAACCGUCGAUUCGCUGCCCUCCAUCAACAGCCUGCGCUUGCUCUGGAAUCUGUCGGUGGCGCGGCCGCUGCGGUUGUGCGUGCGCAAGGUGACCCACGGGCGGUCGGUCGAUACCAAGAACGGCAUAUGGGGCCUGUCGGGCGAUGAAGCCGUGGUGGUGGGCACCAUCAUGUGCGGCAUGGUAUGCGUUGGCGACGAGCUCGUCAUUGCCCCGCUCGGAGUGGAGGCGGUGACGGUGGUGGAGAUCCAGCUUAACAACCGGAACCUGCCGAUGGCCUACGGUCCGUAUGUGCGGCGAGGUGUGGUCAUGGGACGGACGGGCGAGCUGUCGCCCAUGCGACAGGUGGCUUCCUUCGAGGCCAAGGUCAUCGUGGUGCAGCUCCACGGGCGCAUCCGCAACCGAUACGAGAGCGUCAUUCGCUGCCACACAGCAGCUGUAGGCGAGGCCGGCACCGUGAGGCUCACUCCGCGCGAGCCUCUCUACCUGGAGACCCACAGCUCCGAUGGACACCUCGGUCGCAUUGUCAACUACGAGAACGGGAUGAUUACAGCGUUUGGAAUUGUGGAGAAGAUAGAGUGGCUCGAGCACGCCACGCCGCUGUACCUCAGGAUGCAACAGCCCCAGCAGAAGGUGCCACGCGUGGGCACCUUGACCGUGACCGUCGUCCAGCUGGGCUUGAUCGAAGGCCGCAAUGGUGGUCAGACGCAAGUGGAAACGACUCACGCCGAACUCAGCACCUGCAGGCCUGCCUGGCAUCAGUCCUUCACCUUCACGAACGUGGAUGUGAGGCGCAUGUGGCUCUGGUGCUCGAUGCAUGACACCAAAUCCGGUCGCGAGUACGGUGAGAAGACGCCCGUCGCGUUGUCCGGCCUCCUGUCAUCCGACAGCUUCGGGCGCCGGUUGGCCAUGCAGAACCUCUACAACCUCAACAACUACAUCAACUUCCGCGCCCACUUCCAGGUGUGA